GCAAUAGUAAGCUAGAAAGAUUGGUUGUAUUGUUAACAGUGUCAGUUUCUGACACGAUUAACAGUGAGGAAGUUUAUAAAAAGCAAUUAAAUUUUAUAUAAAAAAAAGGAAAAAACAAACACAAAAACAUUUCAUGUCAAAGCACUAAACAUUAAAAUAAUUGAUUAAAAAAUCAUUAGUCCUUGGAAAGUGGAAGAUUUCCCAGAAGAAGACGUCUAGAGAUUGGAUUGAUCCUCCCCCCACACACACUCUCUGUCCAAUCCAAUACAUAAAAAUUUUUUACAGCAAAAAUUAUUUCAUCUUCAUUAUCAUCUACCAUCACCAAUAUCAUCAUCAACUACAAAUUGCCAGUUAGUGGUUUGGCUAAUUUGCUUGAACGGGACUAAGGAAGUGAGGAUGAUGGUGAUGUAUGGGGAGUAGGGUGGGUGUGGAAGAUGAGAAGGAAGCCAACGGGAUGCUGAGCUUUGAUCCUCAAUUGCCCAUUUCGAAUGCACUUAGCAUAGAGGGAAAUACAAUCCAAUCAUAUCGUGUCUCUGAUAUUGGGGUGUUUGAGCAAAAUAUUGCAUUUCGCUUCCAUGAUGCUGUUGACCUGAGUGCAAAUACAUUGUUCAAUUCAGCAAAAGCAAGUAGCCAAGCAGUCUCUUCGGAUCCCCUCAAUAUUGGCACUUUUGACAAGUCAACUACUUACUUUAAUAUUAAUCCAUCUGCUGCCCAAGUGGAGUUGCAAAGAUUGCCACUAGAAAAGAAUCAACAGUUGAACCUGGUAUCCAUAUCUAGUGGUAAUACAGAGAAUUUGGGAGAGUCCAAUAUGGCUGAUGCCAGUCCACGGACUGAUAUAUCAACAGAUGCAGACACUGAUGAAAAAAAUCAGAGGUUUGAUAGGGGUCAAUCCAGUAUUGUUGCAGUUUCAGAUUCCAGUGACAGAUCCAAGGAUAAAUUGGAUCAGAAGACUCUUCGUAGACUUGCCCAAAAUAGAGAAGCUGCAAGAAAAAGCCGGUUGAGGAAGAAAGCCUAUGUCCAGCAACUGGAAAGUAGCCGCUUGAAGCUGACCCAACUGGAACAGGAGCUACAGCGAGCGCGCCAGCAGGGAAUCUUUAUAUCAAGCUCAGGGGACCAAGCCCAUUCAAUGAGUGGAAAUGGGGCCAUGGCAUUUGAUGUGGAAUAUGCACGGUGGCUGGAAGAGCAAAAUCGACAAAUUAAUGAGCUAAGAUCAGCUGUCAAUUCUCAUGCGGGUGAUGCUGAACUUCGCAUUAUCAUAGAUGGUAUAAUGGCUCAUUAUGAUGAAAUUUUUCGGCUAAAGGGAAAUGCAGCCUCAGCUGAUGUUUUCCAUUUGCUAUCUGGCAUGUGGAAGACACCUGCUGAGAGGUGUUUCUUGUGGCUUGGUGGCUUCCGUUCAUCAGAGCUCCUCAAGCUUCUUGUGAACCAGUUGGAGCCUUUGACUGAGCAGCAGUUGGUAGGCAUAGGUAAUCUGCAGCAAUCUUCCCAGCAGGCAGAAGAUGCUUUAUCUCAAGGAAUGGAGGCAUUGCAACAGUCCCUGGCUGAGACACUGUCUAGUGGAUCUCUUGGUUCAUCAAGUUCAUCUGGAAAUGUGGCAAAUUACAUGGGUCAGAUGGCCAUGGCCAUGGGCAAGCUAGGGACCCUUGAGGGGUUCAUUCGCCAGGCUGACAAUUUGAGGCAGCAAACACUACAACAGAUGCACCGAAUAUUGACAACUCGCCAGUCAGCUCGUGCACUUCUUGCCAUCCAUGACUACUUCUCCAGACUACGUGCUCUUAGUUCUCUUUGGCUUGCCAGACCAAGAGAAUGAACAUUGCAGUGGAGUCAUGUAUUUGCAGAAAAAUCUAAGGCAUAUUCCACGUCCAGCAAUCAUACACGGUUUCUAGUGUUUAAUAUAUAUAUAUAUAUAUAUAUAUAUAUUGCCCCUACAGUUCUCAUCAUGUAGUUUCAGAUGUGAAUUAUGGAACUAAUCUGUAUCAGCCACGCUAGUCAUCUUACUGUAGUCAGAGAAUUUUACUACUCCAGAUACAUGUAUCAAUGUUAAUUAUCCUCACCCCCCUCAUCUUUUCAAAUAGGAAUUGGCUGUCCUUGUAAUGUGACAUUUUUCUUGUAUUUGAUGAUUUUGAAAGUUGGGAUACAAACCAAAAUGAAUUGUUCAUUUACUUAA